CAACCUCUUGGCAAUUAAGUAGGUCAUUAAUCGUAUCCUUUAGUCUCCUUAAUCUCUUCUUCUUUCGCUCUAAUCUCUCCUUUAAUCGCCGUUAUCUCUUUCGCCCUUUUUUUUUUUUAAUUUCUCCUCUUAUUUAUUCCCUUAACCCCAAAUCAAAUCUUUGGAGUUAAACCUCAAUCUCUCUUUUUUCCUUUUGCUCCUCCAACUCCGCUUGAUUCGCCCUCCGUUCUUGAUCAUGGACAAGGGUAAGGGAUUGGCUUCCGGCGACUGGUUUCCGGCGACGUCCGCGUCCGCAUCUGCGUCUGGGUCAGCGUCAGCGUCAGCGUCCGAGCCGCCGCCGGAGAGCUCUUUGGCUCAUGAAUGGCUCUCGGACUUCAUUGAUUACCGCCACUCGUAUGGAGGAGCUUGGGGGUUUUCCCCUUUCUCUGAUUUGCAAACCCUAGAAUCCGGGUUUUCCCAACUGGGUUUAUCCGAUUCUAACGACCGUGGUGGCCGUCCUCGUCUUCAUCAUCCGCCGUCGCCGCUAUGGAACAGUGGUCUCUAUCAGGGCUCUUACGACUUUCAUGGAAUCAAUGUGGAUGGGUGCAGGGCUCCUCCGGCUCAGCAAGAAGCAGAGCGUGAACAGAUCAAUCAGCAGCUGCAGAUGAGACUUGGUUUUCAGAACGAUUGCGUUAAUGGGUCUUUUGGGUUUGAUGAUUCUAGGCAUAGCAAUAGUGUCAUGGGUCAGGAUCGGAUGCUUAGCAAUGGUUUCCUCAAUGGUAAUCUUGGGGAAGUUCCUUAUCCCCCAAGAAAUAAUAGUGUCUUGGAUCAGAACCCCUGGCCUACUUCGAAUAGUGCCAUGUUUAGGAACCGUAAUUCAAGGGGUAACAACCGUCCCAAUUUCGCGUCUCUGCAGAGACCGGCGAAUAUGGUGAUGACGCCUAAGCGUCAAAUGUUUUAUGAAAAUAUGGUUGCUGCUAUUGAGGGGCCAGAGAGGAGCUUUGUUUGGAGCUUCAGCAAUGUCGUCUCCCAUGUUUGUGAACUGAUGGUGGACCCUUUUGGUCAACAUGUUUUCAAGAAGUGUAUUGAGAGAUGCACUAAGGACCAGAUCACUCAGAUUCUGGGCGUGGUCACUAGGAACCCUUUUCAUCUUGUUAACAUCUGCAAUGACUUUCAGGGGGCUCGCUCAAUAGAAGAGCUGCUGAGACAUCUAAGGUCUCGAGAGCAAAUAUCCCGCUUCAUGAUGGCGGUAAGACCGGUAGCACUUCGUUUGACUAAAAAUGCCAACGGCAACCAUGUGAUUCUGCACUGUUUGAGCCAUUUCUCUCCUCUAGACAACAUGCAUCUUCUUGAAGUGAUUGCUCAGCAUUGCUUUGAAAUUGCCAUUGAUCAACAUGGUUGUUGCCUGCUUCAGGAUUGCAUUACACGCUCCACGGGCAAUCUAAGGCAACAUCUGAUCUACAAUAUAGCCUCGAAUGCUUUGAGACUCUCUAAUCACUGCUAUGGAAACUUUGUGGUGCAGUUUGUGCUGGACGUGAAUGAUCCAGGGGCAACUUCUGAAAUCCUGAGACAGCUUGAAGGAAGUUACAUUUAUCUGUCUCGCGAGAAGCACGGCAGCCACGUUGUCCAAAGUAUCUUGAGAAAUUUGGGGAAAGAAGGUUCCAGAGGAAUCGUAUUGCAGCUCCUUACAGACAUCAAGACGCUUCUUAUAGACAAGUUUGGAAACUAUGUCGUGCAGAGCAUGUGGGCUGAAUCUAAGGAUGAUAUACGCAAGGUGUUGAUGAAUAUUUUCCGAGAGAACAAAGAACUGAUGACGUGCAGUAGGUUCGGUAAGAUUAUACUGGAGAAACUCAAUCUCUUGUGAGGUUACCAGAGAAAAAGGAAAGGAAAAGACUUGAGUUCUUGAUUGAGUGUUAUGAUAGGAAGAUGAGCAGUAUUGUUCUUAUGGUCAUUGGGUUUGUUUUUUUAAAAUGUAGGAUUAUCUGUUGUUUUUGUCAUGAAACCAGUCGAAUGUUGUUCCUUUAGGACAAUUAGUGGGUUUUGAUUAGAGUCUUAAGACACAGGAGGCGGCUUUUUAGUGUUUGAUCUCACAACCCAUCAAAUAAAUGAUAUGGGUAAAGGAGUGUUGUUUGGUUUCUUUUGUGGACAAAGACAUCUUCUAUUGAUUCAUCUUCCCUUAAUCUUUAGG